GGCAGUCACCGGCCUCGACUUUCUUCGAUUCUUGUCCCCAUAUUUAAUUCCUACCCUCCUCCCCAUCUCUUGGCAUUCCCUCGUCGUCGUGCUCUCUUGUCGAUCAUCAAAAACACUUAACAUCAGCGACAGCUGCCACCUACAGCCUGUAGACCCCGACCUUCUUCGUUCGGUUUGCGUUUUCGUCGGCAACUUCUCUGCCAAGAGUCCGGAACUCUUCUCUUCUUCGUUUUCUGUUGUCCUUCUUUCUCCCUUCUCCCUUCUUCCUUCUCCAGUUUCCCCUCUGAGGGCGACCCUCUUUUCCAAACUCGUCAAAAUGUCUUUUACAUUCAGCAGCAGCCCUGCUAGAAUGGUCACCCUUGUGGUCGCCAUGAUGGCCGUCCUCGUCGAGCCCCACAUGAUCAUGGCCACUCCAAAGCCAUAUGGAAACCCCGACAACUCUCCUCUGACCUCCAACAACUACCCCUGCAAGGUCACCAGCGACCCAGCCACUUUCUACAAGACGGAUGGCAUCAUCGAUCAGAACUCCAUGGUGGCUGGUGAGAAGCAGUCCCUGUCCUUCUCUGGUUCUGCCGUGCACGGUGGCGGUUCCUGCCAGUUGGCAAUCACUUCUGACAUGCAGCCGUCUGCGAAUACCUCUUGGAGGGUCCUCCUGAGUAUCGAGUCUGGCUGCCCGAGCAAGGAUGGCAGCGGCCCCAGCACCUACGACUGGACGCUUCCAGCCGACCUGGCGCCCGGUCACUACAGCUUCGCCUGGACCUGGAUCUCCAAGCUGGCAGGUCAGCCCGAGUACUACAUGAACUGCGCCCCCAUCUCCGUCACCGCUGCCAAGGCGAAGCGCGACACCGAGGGCGUUUCCCUGAUCCCCAGAGCCGAUACAUACCCCGAGAUCUUCGUUGGCAACCUGGCCGAUAUCAACUCGUGCAAGUCCUCUCCCAGCUCGGACCCCCUGUAUCCCGACCCGGGACAGAACGUCGAGAAGCUUCUCGAGGGCGCCUCGCCUGCCUUCUCGUCCAUCUCGGGCAGCGGCUGCGUCCCUGUUGGACAGACCGAGGGUCCUGGUCCCCUGCCUACUGCCACCGCCGGCGACACGGGUGGUGCUGCUGCGGGAACGCCCCCCGCCGCGAGCGCCAGCGCGACUGCUUCCUCGACCGACUCUAACCCGGCUCCUGGUUCUCCCUCGGGUGGUGUCUUUGCGACGACUGGUGAUGGCACCACUUCAAGUGCCGCCGCGUCAACCACGCUAUCCACCAGCACAACCACAUCCCAGGCGGGAUCCGUCUACGUCAGCCCAGUCCCGGUGGGAUCCGCCACCUCUGCCUCACAGAACUCCGGAUCAGCGACCGGUUCAGCAGCUUCUAGCACGACCUCAGCCAUCACUUCCGAUUUCGCGACCGUUUCCGCAACCUCGGCAACCAAGCCGGCCCCGUCUGCCACCCUCUCGCCGACCAGCGGCUCAGGCUCAGGCUCCGGCUCCGGAAACUCAACCGGCUCGGCUGGUGGCGGUUCGUCUUCUGGCAAGUCGGGACCCUGCACGUCCGAGGGCAUGUUCAACUGCAUCGGCUCGCAGUACCAGCAGUGCGCUUCCGGCGCCUGGACCGCGAUGAAGGCCCUGCCCGGCGGAACCGUCUGCACGCAGGGAGAGUCGGAGAACCUGUGGGCGCGCGACGCCGCUGCUGCCCCCGAAAACCGCGUCCGCAAGCUGCGUUGGGCUGGCAAGCGGUGGGUUGACCGUGCCGCUUAAUUCUGUUGGCCCCUUGGCUUAGGAAGAAAAAGAAGUCCCGUCGGUGGGUGGUUCAGAGGGCUGUCUGUAGAUAGCAACCCGGGCAACAGCAGGGUCACGAUAAUUUUGGUGUUUGCCCAAGGUAGAUAUUGUCCUUCAGACACUCGCCGGCCGGUGUCUUUCAUUCUCUUGUUCACAAUUUGAUUCUGGCGUUCCGGCUCGGAAAGGAAAGGACUGGCAAGGUAGAUUACGA